AGCUUCCAAGAAAUUUCCCUUUGAAGCCCCACCACCUCGAAUCUCGAAGGCUUCAAUCGUAUGAUUCGUAUAACUUUCCAUCCAAUUAAUUAUUUUCAGUUUCUGGUCAAACACUCCAUCCUAAGCUGUAAGCUCUAACAAAUAACAACCCAACAACAACAUUCUCAUUGCCAUAGCUACUCCAUUGCAUGCAACAAAGCAAAUAUCCAUCUCUAAGCUACACAAGGGGAAAAUAAAAUAAUACAAAGUCAUCAAACUUUGAGUGGGGACCGCCAAUGGGUGGAAUCGUCUCUACUCCUCGGACACACAAGUUUCCGUUGCCGACCAUGGAAACUUGUGACUAUGUUCGGCCAUCGAAACUUCUACUAAAUGUGACUAUCGAGAACAGCUUGGGUGCAAUACAGGUGCUGUUGUCGCCUGAAGACACCGUCGCCGAUUUGGUAAAUGCAGCGUUGCUAAUUUAUGAAAAGGAGAAGAGGAGGCCACUCUUGAAGGACACUGACCCAAAGUGCUACGACCUUCACUAUUCCCCCUACACCCUCCAAAGUUUGAAGCCAAAUGAGAAGUUGAAAAACUUGGGUUCAAGGAAUUUCUUUCUCCGCUUGAAGCCUCUGGCCUCUUUUUCCUAGGCACCGAGCAAUGCAUGUGGUAAUUGAUUUUGCACUUCAUUUGGAUUUGAAGACGUCGACGGUGUUCCCCGAUGCUGUCCUGCUACUUUGUGAUGAACAAAAGUUCUUCGCUAUUUGAAUGUACAUUUUCCAAUGAUUUUGAUUGCCUUUUUUGUAUACUCAUUUAUUGGAAACAUACAUGUAUUGUAUGCACUAAGCUAAAUCAUAGCCAAUGUUUGCUAAUCAA